AUGGUGCUGGCGGUGGCUGUCAUGUUGCUGCUCCUGGCACUGCUGCCACCGGUGUCGAUGCUGCAGAAUGCAGCAGGAGCCCUGCAGGGGAGCCCAGAGCCAGAUCCCUCCACUCCAGCCCUGCUCCGUCUGUCCGACACGCUGCUGGCUCACUACAGGAGGGGAGUCCGACCCGUGCAGGACUGGCGCACCACCACCACCGUGGCCAUCGAUGUCAUGGUGUACGCCAUCCUCAGCGUGGACGAGAAAAACCAGGUGCUGACCACCUACAUCUGGUACAGACAGCACUGGACAGAUGAGUUCCUCCAGUGGGAUCCAGCACACUUUGACAACAUCACGCAGAUUUCCCUCCCUGCAGAGAGCAUCUGGGUGCCCGACAUCCUCAUCAACGAGUUCGUGGACGUCGGGAAGUCCCCUGACGUCCCCUACGUCUACAUUCGCCACCACGGAGAGGUCCAGAACCUCAAGCCCAUCCAGGUGGUGACAGCCUGCAGCUUGGACAUCUACAAUUUCCCCUUCGACAUCCAGAACUGCUCUCUUACCUUCACCAGCUGGCUGCACAACAUCCGCGACAUCAACCUCUCGUUGUGGCGGCAGCCGGAGCUGGUGAAAUUCGACAGGAGCGUCUUCAUGAACCAGGGCGAGUGGGAGCUGCUCUACGUGCUCAGCCACUUCCAGGAGUUCAGCGUCAAAAGCAGCGACAGCUACGCCGAGAUGAAGUUCUACGUGGUCAUCCGGAGGCGUCCUCUCUUCUAUACUAUCAACCUGCUGCUCCCUAGCAUCUUCCUGAUGGUGAUGGACAUUGUAGGCUUCUACCUGCCUCCCAACAGUGGUGAGAGGGUGUCUUUCAAGAUCACUCUCCUCCUGGGCUACUCAGUUUUCCUCAUCAUCGUAUCUGACACGCUUCCAGCGACUGCUGUUGGCACCCCACUGAUAGGCAUCUAUUUUGUGGUGUGCAUGGCAUUGCUCGUCAUCAGCCUCACAGAGACCAUCUUCAUUGUGCGCCUGGUACACAAGCAAGACCUGCAGCCUCACGUCCCCAGCUGGGUGAAGCACUUACUGCUGGAACGUGCCACUGCACUGCUCUGCAUCUGGGACAGGAACAAAUUCAGCCAAAGCAGAACACAGAGCUCAGACAUCUCUAGGCACGUGGAGAACAAUGACAGCACAGCCAAGCUGAACCACUAUGGUUCCGAAGACCCUCGGGAGCGAGAGGUGGCAGGAGGCACAAGGCCCACCCCUGCCUUUGCCACUCCAGCAGAGGGCUCUCUGCUCAUUCACAGCAUCCUGCACGAGAUCACCACCAUCCGCCAGUUCCUGGAGAAGCGUGAUGAAUUCCGUGAUGUCGCCCGUGAGUGGCUGCAAGUGGGCUACGUGUUGGACGUCCUGCUCUUCCGAGCAUACCUGGUGGCUGUCCUGGCCUACACUGUCACACUGGGCACCCUCUGGUCGGUGUGGCAGUAUGCCUGAGCUGCAUUUUGGGGCAGGCAAUGUGAGGACCUCAGAUGCUGCUGCGCUCCAGAGGCUAUUCCCUGAU